CCUUUCACUCCCGCGCGUAGUUUCUCUCCGGAGCAAUAACACAAUAGCACGCAGUGUCAGAAGGAGGGAAGAAGGAAGAUGGCAGGUUCUAAAUCCGCUUUGGUGCUGUGCAUGGAUGUUGGAUUCUCCAUGUCCAACUCUGCCCCGGGUGAAGAGUCUCACUUUGAUCUCGCCAAAAAAGUCAUCCAGAAGUUUGUCCAGCGCCAGGUUUUUGCUGAAACAAAGGAUGAACUGGCUUUAGUUCUGUUUGGCACAGACUCCACAAACAACCCCCUGGAUCAGGAUGACCAGUACCAGAACAUAACAGUGCAUCGCCAACUUAAGAUUCCUGAUUUUGAGCUACUGGAGGAAAUAGAAAAUCAGAUCCAUCCAGAGAAUUCCCAGGCUGACUGGCUGGAUGCUCUAGUCGUCAGCAUGGAUCUCCUCCAGAGAGAAACAAAGGACAAAAAGUGUGAUCGUCUCAUCAUUGCACUUCUCACUGACCUCAACUCUCAGGCCAGCUCAGAUAACCUGGACGUUAUUAUUGAAAACCUGAAACAAGCUGGCAUCACCCUGCAGUUUUUUCUGCCAUUCCCUGCGGAGGAUGAUGAAGAAGGUGGAGGAGAUGCAGACAGAAGAGGCCCCGGUCAUCCAGGCGCAGGCAAAGGUCUGACCAGCCAACAGAAGGACGGUCUGGACAUGAUAAAACACAUCAUGCUAACCCUGGAUGAGGAGGAUGGCUUGGAGGAAAUUUACACCUUCAGGAAUGCGAUUGAACAGCUGUGUAUGUUCAAGCGAAUCGAGCGGAGACCCAUGGCCUGGCCCUGUCAGCUGACCAUCGGCAACAGCCUGUCCAUCCGGAUUGUCGGAUACAAAGCAGUGACGGAAGAGAAACUCAAGAAAAUGUGGAUAACAGUGGACGCUCAAAGCAACCAGAAAGACGAUGUGAAGAGAGAGACCGUCUACUGCCUAGAUGACGACAAUGAGACGGAGGUGCAGAAGGACGACACCAUCCAAGGUUUUCGUUAUGGAAGUGACAUUGUUCCCUUCUCCAAAGUGGAUCAGGAUCAGAUGAAAUACAAGCACGAUGGAAAGUGCUUUUCUGUUCUCGGUUUCACCAAACAGACCCUGGUGCAUCGUCAUCAGUUCAUGGGGACUCAAGUCAUUAAGAUAUUUCCUGGAAAGGAUGAUGAGCAUGCAGCAGUCGCCCUGUCCGCAUUAAUCCGAGCCCUGGAUGAACUGGAGAUGGUGGCCAUCGUACGCUACGCCUAUGACCGGCGCAGCAACCCUCAAGUUGGAGCAGCCUUCCCAUGCAUCAAGAAGGACCACGAGUGUCUGAUGUACGUCCAGCUGCCUUUCAUGGAAGACCUCAGACAGUUUACAUUCCCGUCUCUUGAGAACAAAAAGCUCACUCCCUCAGACACCCAGCUGUCAGCAGUGGACUCUCUCAUCGACUCCAUGAUGUUGGUGGAGGAGAAAGAUGGAGAAAAAAAGGACUUGUUCAAGGUCCACAACAUUCCCAACCCUGCUUUCCAGAGGCACUUUCAGUGUCUGCACCAUCGGGCCGUUUGCCCCGGGACCCCUCUUCCCCCUUUGGAUCCGUGGCUGAAGGCUGCGCUGGAGCGGCCUGAUGUCAUCAGUGAGCGCUGCCAGGCUCCACUGGAGGAGGUGAAGAAGAAGUUUCCUCUCACAGAGGUGGAGAAGAAGAAGAAGCUGAAGACGAGUGCUCAGAUUUUUGGCAAAGAUUCUGAGGAGCCAGAUGCCAAGAAAGCCAAAGAGGACGAAGAGGAGGAGUACAACCUGGCUGACAUUGCCGAAGGCUCUGUAACUUCGGUGGGAAGUGUGGAUCCAGCUCGAGAUUUCCGCACUCUGAUAAAGCAGAAGAGUCUUCCGUUUGGAGAGGCCUGUCAGCAGCUGACUCACAGGAUAGAGCAGUUGCUUAGCAACAAGAACACACACUACUACAUGAAAAGCAUCACCUGUAUCCAAGCUUUUCGGGAGCAGUCAGUUAAGCUGGAGAAUGCAGAUCUGUACAACAGCUACCUUCAAUCCCUGAAAAGAAGCAUCCCAAACAGAGGGCUGGAGGUCUUCUGGGACCUGCUUGUUCAAGAUGCUGUAACUCUGAUCAGCAAGGAUGAGGUUGAAGGAAGCUUGGUGUCCAGAAACGAGGCUAAUCAGUUUCUGGUGUCUGAGGAGAAGAAAGAGGAGGCGGUUGCACCCCCUGCUGAAGAUACAGGAGACCUCGAUGACUUGCUGGACAUGAUGUAAGAUGGGAGGCAAUGGGAGCGUCUGCAGUGGACAUGCAGAGAAAUGUGAAGAAUGUGAUCAUCCAGCCAGGCCCAGCCAAACCAAAUCAGCCUUCCAUUGUUGUGGCUCCCACACAGAGACCUCUGAUACUUUCUGACUAACAGAGGGAAGUUCAACAAAACUACACAAGUAUCUUUGGAAAAAAGGGUAUCAUAAAACAUGAAUGUAAGGGGCUUUAUUUGUGUGAUACUUUAAAUGUCAAGUAACUUUAUUUUUUGUCUUGAUACAAGAAUUCCUUUUUUGAUCUGAUGACUGACGUGCACUAGAAACCCUUCCUGUCUUUUUAAGAAUACGAUGCUUCAAUGUCCAAAAUCAAUAAAACUAAACUGUUGAUGCAAAAGCUGGACUUGGACUGUUCUUCCUGAUAACUGCAGAAAAGCUAAGCUGUGAUUUAACUAGACCAGGGGUGUCAGACUCAGUCACAGCAGGGGCCGAAUUCUGAAUUUGGGUCUAACCUGAGUGUCUAAUUGGGUCAAAAUUUUCCAUAAGCUGUCAACCUCAUCUUCCUGAAAAAUGAAUUAUAGGGAAAAAAACCUAAGGUUGAUGAUAAAUGAUAUUGAGAUUUGAAAAAAAAAGUAAAAAGAUAGAUUCAAGAUUUUUAACAGUUAAAGAAUUAACCAAAAUUCCCAAAUCAUGAGUAAAAAAAGGGUCAAAAUAUGAGAUAAUAGUCACAAUUUUAAGCUUAAAAUGUCCAAAUAUUUGAUAAAAUUAUAUAAUCAAUAGUUCGAAACAGUGAUACUCAUCGUGUGGCUCUUUUAUGUCUGAAUUUAUAUAUUAUUUCCCCAGAAAACCUUAAAAAAGGGAAACUUCUGCCCCUUUUCACCAUUUUUGCCAAUUUUCAUCCAUUAAAGCUACCUUUUGCAUUAAA